AGCGCCGUGCGGCCCGGGUCUCAGCCUCCCGCAGCGGCCCUCCACCAGCUCCCCUUCCUUCCCGGCCUCCAGGACCGCCCCUCGGCGCCCACCCGGGCCAAGUCCUGGACCUGGGAUCCCUCCCCAGAGCAGAUCUUGGAACCCCCCCAAAGCCAGAACUCGGUGUCCUGUGCGUGCUCCUAAGGAUCCCCGAGGAGGAUGCUCGCGGCUCUGCUGGUCAUCCUCAGCCACCUCUGCCUCCACAGCCUCCCGCAGGUCCAGGCUGUUCCUAUCCUGCCCUUGGGCCUGGCUCCAGAUGCCUUUGAUGAUGCCUAUGUAGGCUGCUCAGAGGAGAUGGAAGAGAAGGCAGCCUCUCUGCUACAGGAGGAGAUGGCUCGCCAUGCCCUGCUCCGGGAAUCCUGGGAGGCAGCGCAGAAGGCCUGGGAACACCGGCGUCGGGGGCUCACUCUACCUGCUGGCUUCAAGGCCCAGCAUGCAAUAGCCGUUAUGGUCUAUACCAACUCAUCUAACACCUUGUACUGGGAGCUGAACCAGGCUGUGCGGACGGGCGGUGGCUCCCGGGAGCUGUACAUGAGGCAGUUCCCCUUCAAGGCCUUGCAUUUCUACCUGACCCGGGCCCUGCAGCUGCUGCGGGGCCGUGAAGGCUGCAGGGGGAACGCUGGGGAGGUGGUGUUCCGAGGCGUGGGCAGCCUUCGUUUUGAACCCAGCAGGCUGGGAGACUCUGUCCGCUUAGGCCAGUUUGCCUCCAGCUCCCUAGAUGAGGCAGUGGCCCGCAGGUUUGGUAAUGCCACCUUCUUCUCUCUAAGGACUUGCUUUGGGGCCCUUAUUCAGGCCCUGUCUGUCUUCCCUGAGGAACGUGAGGUGCUGAUUCCCCCCCAUGAAGUCUUCUUAGUCACUGGGUUCUCCCAGAAUGGAACCCGGAGCCUGGUGACUCUCUGGAGCCACGGUCAGACCUGCAGCCACUUUAACUGCGCUUAUUUGGGUGGGAAGAAGAGGCGAGGCUGUGUGUCUGCGCCAGCAGGGCAGCCAGAGCCGCCCUCUGAGGGGGCUUUCUCUCUGCACUCCUGGAAGACCCUGCUCUUGGCCCCUGGGGGGUUCCAGCUCUCCGGAGCUGGGCCCUGAAAGCCCAACACCUGCCACUUAGGGACUCUGGGAACUUGUGAUUUUCCAGUGAAGAAGGGCAGCUUCCAACAGCCUCGAGAAGCAAGAGCGUGGUCUUGGAGCCAGCCCUAGCUGCCGCCUCCCUGGCCAGGUUGGGGGGAGACCUGAGACUUCGACAGGGUAGAGGGAACCCCACGAUAAGGGGAGGACUCGCUGGGACAAGUGAGGGAAGAACUGUGAUGGCUACUCAAUUAAAUGGUGCUGUCAC